AUGGAUAAACUGGAGGACAUGGCCUCAGUUUGCGAGUUCGACCCAAUCACGGGGAAUAUUCCCGCCACUAAAGUGGAGAUCACCGUCUCGUGCAGAAACCUGUUAGAUCGUGACACAUUCUCCAAGUCGGAUCCUUUGUGUAUUCUAUAUACUCAGGGAGCAGAGUCUAAGCAGUGGCGUGAGUUUGGGAGAACUGAAGUCAUCGACAACACCCUGAACCCAGACUUUGUGAGAAAGUACAUCUUGGACUAUUUCUUUGAGGAGAAGCAGAAUCUGCGCUUUGACAUAUAUGACAUUGACUCCAAAAGUCCGGAUUUGGCCAAACACGACUUCUUGGGUCAGACCUUCUGCACUCUGGGUGAGAUAGUGGGUUCACCAGGCAGUCGUCUGGAAAAGCCUCUGGGUGGCAUCCCUGGGAAGAACUGCGGUACCAUUAUUCUCACUGCAGAGGAACUUGGAAACUGUCGGGACUGUGCCACAAUGCAGUUCUGUGCCAAUAAGCUGGAUAAGAAAGACUUUUUCGGCCGCUCUGACCCGUUCAUGGUGUUCUACAGAAGUAAUGAGGACGGAACGUUCACUAUCUGCCAUAAAACGGAGGUGGUGAAGAACACACUGAACCCCAUCUGGCAGCCGUUCACCAUUCCUGUCAGAGCGCUCUGCAAUGGAGAUUAUGACAGGUCAAUUAAAGUGGAGGUGUAUGACUGGGACAGAGAUGGCAGUCAUGAUUUUAUCGGGGAAUUCACCACAAGCUACAGAGAGCUGUCUCGUGGUCAGAGUCAGUUCAAUGUGUACGAGGUGGUGAAUCCUAAAAAGAAACUCAAAAAGAGACGAUACAUCAACUCUGGCACAGUGACACUGCUUUCCUUCUUGGUGGAGGCUGAACACACAUUCCUGGACUACAUCAAAGCAGGGCUUCAGAUCCAUUUCACAGUGGCCAUUGAUUUCACUGCGUCCAAUGGGAAUCCUUCUCAGUCUACCUCCCUGCACUACAUGAACCCAUAUCAGAUGAACGCGUACGCCAUGGCCUUAAAGGCCGUCGGUGAGAUCAUUCAGGACUACGACAGUGAUAAGAUGUUUCCUGCGUUGGGCUUUGGAGCCAAACUUCCUCCCGAUGGCCGGGUUUCCCAUGAAUUUCCCCUGAAUGGCAAUGUUGAUAACCCAUAUUGCAAUGGGAUGGAGGGAAUCCUAGAGGCCUAUCACGAGAGCCUGAAGACUGUCCAGCUUUAUGGACCCACCAAUUUUGCUCCUGUCAUCAACCAUGUAGCGAGGUAUGCGGCAGCGGUUCAAGAUGGCUCGCAGUAUUUUGUGCUUCUCAUCAUCACAGAUGGUGUGAUUUCAGAUAUGGCUCAGACUAAGGAAGCCAUCGUCAAUGCAGCAAAACUCCCCAUGUCCAUCAUUAUUGUAGGAGUUGGACAGGCUGAGUUUGAUGCCAUGGUCGAGCUGGAUGGAGAUGAUGUGAGAAUAUCCUCCAGAGGAAAGCUGGCAGAGCGGGAUAUUGUACAGUUUGUACCAUUCAGAGACUAUAUGGACAGGACAGGAAACCAUGUCCUCAGCAUGGCACGGCUUGCCAAGGACGUCCUGGCUGAAAUCCCGGAUCAGUUAAUCUUAUACAUGAAGUCAAGGGGCAUCAAGCCCAACCAGACCCCGCCAGAGUACAGUCCACCUGGGCUCAGCCCGACUUCCACCAUAUGA